CUCUCUCUCUCUCUCCUUCUCCCUGUCUCCCUCCCUCUCCCGCUCCAGCCCCUUGCCGAUGACCCCGCUCGAGGACGCGCCAGGUGGCGCGGCCCCUGCCGACACUUCGCCUGACGCCUCACCCCGAGCCUCGGCCAGCGCCUCGGCCACCACCGCGCCCGGGCCCGACCUGUUGUGCGAAUACAACUGCAGCCGGCUGAACUCCGGCCCGGCUUGGGUGGAGUGGCUGCUGUCGGUGCCAGCCGGCCCGGGGGACCUGCUGGCCGGCCAGGCAAACAACCCCGGCAGCGACCAUGCCCAAUUCGACCUCUUCCCCUUUGGGUCCUCCUUUCCCAGCUACCCGGCCAUCCUGCCCGUCCGAUCGGCGGCCACCCGGCGCCUGAGCCGCUACCGCGGGGACUACGCCCUCGCACUGGUGCCCGCCGGGGGGGCCGAGGCCGGGUCGGGGACCUCGCCGCCGACCACCCCCGGCCUGCCGGCCCCGGGGCCGCGCUUCCGGCGUCUGGUGGCCCCGCCCGGGGUGUGGCUCGAGCGCUUCCUGGAGCUGGCCCGGGGCGAUACCGGCAGCCGGUCGGUCGGCAUCCCGGAGGACAUCCGCGCCUUGGCUUGGUACUCGCUCAGUGGCUCCGGCAAGCGCCGGUCCCACUGGUAUCGUGGCCGCCUGGCCGAGUUCCACACCGCCAUGCGGGCAGCCCGCGCGGCGGGCCCGGACUUUGAGGCCGCCUUCCUCGAGGCCACCCGCACUCAAACCGAGCCGACGCUCUUCUCCACGCUGCUUUCCACCCCGGCUCCCGGCGGGCGGGAGCUCGAGCAGGAUGUCGAAGUGCCCGAAUCCAUCGAUCGCGACAUCCGGCGGAUCCGCACCAAUUCCUACUUCGAUCGCCGCAUCGGUGACAAUCUGUCGGCCAUCUCCCAGGUCCUUCAGGCCUACGCGCGCUAUGACCGCUUCACCGGCUACUGUCAAGGCAUGGUUUAUCUCGCGUGCUUUUCAUUCGCCGUCUUUGCCACCCCCAGCAUCUUCGAUUCGCUGGCCCCCCAGGGGUCCGGCCUGUCGACCAGCAGCUCGCUGGCCUCGCUGGACCGACUGAGCAUUUCGGAUCCCCCCGGCAGCCCCGGGCCAUCGGACGCCGACCCGGCGGCCCUCUUCCGCCCGGUGUCCGAGAAUGACCGCCUGUGCGAGCGAACCCUGUGGUUCUUCAUCGGGCUCAUGGACAACCUCGGGAUAAAGCGCCUCUACGAUCCCUCUUCGCCCGACAUGCACAGCCUCCUCCUCCGGAUAGACCUUCGCAUCAGCAAGUCCAUGCCGCAGCUUCAUGCCCAUUUUGUGGAGAAUAGCAUCAUCUCGCUGCUGUACGCCCUGGAGUCCGUGCAAACGCUUUUCGUGUCGACCCUGUCGCCUCGUGCAUGUGCCCGGGUGUGGGAUCGGAUUCUUUGCGAGUAUGCCAUCUCCGGCAUUCUGUCCGGCAUGCCGGCUGGGCAGUCACCGGCCGCCGGGUCCGGCGGCGUCUCGGCCGCCGGGGCCCAGCAGCGGCGCGCCUCGGCCCCGGUCCAGCGUGCGGCCAGCAGCCCCGGCCUCGGCGGCGGCGGCGGCCGGAAUUCCACCAGCUCCUCGCCGCCGCCUCCCCGGCACGGGACCCCGGGCCCUUUGUUUGACCGGCCCACCCGCCGGCCGCGCACGGCCGUCACUCCGCCACUGCCCCCAACGGCGGCCCCCCACCUGGCGGCCGAUUCUCCCUCCCCCUCGGACAGCCUGCUUCUUGGUCGCCAGUCGCUGGACAUCCGCCCGCCCACCAGCGACCCGGGCUACUGCGAGGACACCCUGACGCCGCUCUUCUCCGAGGCCGAGCUCUCGGCCCGGGCCAUCCGCGACGACUUGGAGGAUGACCUGGCCCUGGAGGCCAACCGGUGCCUGCCGCCCGAGCGCAUCGCCAUGCGAUGGAUUGUCGAUGUUGUCGAGGCCAUUGUCUUCAUUUUCAAGGACCAGCUUCAAAAAAUGCAGAUCGACGAGAUCCGCGACUUCCUGCGUGCGGCCCUCACCGGUGACAGCCGCAUGAUCACCGACGCCCUGCUCGUGGGCGGGGUCAUGCCCGAUGGCACGCGCGUCAUCCAGCAGGAGCAGGCCCUCCUCUUCCGGGCUAUCCACCUCUUGCGGCAGGGGCGCCGGCGCCGGCGCCGGCGGGGCGGCAUCUUCGGGCGCCUGCUCUUCGGCCAUCCCACGGCGGAGGCGCAGGCGGCCGCGUCGCAGGCGGCCGCGGCCAGCCUGGUCGUCGGGCCGCCGGCCCCGGCGCUGCUGGCCGACAGCCGGUCUCACAGUGCCCCUGCCGGUGGGACCAUGGGCACCGGCCCAGGCGCGUCCGCCGACGGGGCCAGCCUGCUGGAUGACGGCGAUGAAUCUCUGCAUGCGGAUUUGCUGGCAUACACCUUUGCCCUGGCUGCCGAUGGGCCGGCCCCGGCCGGGGCCGACGGCGGCCCGGCCCCCCGGCAGGACCGCCCCGCUGGCGGUGGCCCCCUCGGCAUGGUGGUCGAUCGCCUCCUCCGGUCGCAGCAAUCCCUGGCCAGCGUCGGGCCGGCGUCGAUGGAUGAGAGCCCAUCCCCGGCCCAGCAGGCCGCCAGCUCGGAAUCCUGCCGGAUGAUGUAGGCUCCCGGCGCGCCUCCCCCCCCC